AUGGCGCGUAAAGGCCCUGGUACAGAUGGCCCUCUACAGACAGCCCUUCUGGAAUCCAUGUCUGCAGCCACAACAAGAGCUUCUGAAGGACAGAAGAUCUUCAGCCCCAUAGCUGUAUUCCUUGAUAAAUACCGCAGCCAAACCACCGGCCUUGCUCCUCACCUACUGAGAGCACUCACCGCUCUAAGCGAUGACCUCGCCUUGGUAGCUCAACAACAUUUCAACGCUUAUAUCAGCGCUACAAAGACUGGCUUUGCACUAUGCCCCUCAUCUCUAGAAGCCCUCCUAGCUCUUGAGGCCCAAAAAGAGACUAUCUCUGCAUUCUUUGUUAACUGCCAGAUAGAACGCAGCUCCCGAUGGGUCUCGUACCGAGUCACCAACGUGCCAAGGAAAAUUGGCCAAAUCUUGGAUGGUUAA